CGCGCGGGCCGCGUCGCGGCGCGUUGCGACUUGCAUCACGAGUUGCGAGUUGCGAGCGGGGCCCCCGUCUAACAAGUAACAGUACUUCCUCGCGCUCAGUGGAAUAAAGCCUCUUUCCGUGGAACGGGACCCACCGCGCUCUCGGCUCUCGGCUCUCCGCCGUGCUGCGCCGGCUCCGCUCACCUCGCGCGCCGCGAUCGUCCCCUCUCGCUCGCGCACCCUCGUCGUCCCGUGCUAUCGUCCGCGAAGUAGUCUGGCCGGUCGGGCACGAGGGAGCCUCUCGUGAAACCAGUCCUCGCGUAUAUACGCCGAUAUACGCGUAUAUACGCGUACGCGCCGGUCGCUCCACACGUUACGGACCAGAAGAGGCUUUUGCCUUACGGCGCCAAGUGCUCUCCGGCUCCAGUGCGCGCCUUCCGCACCUGCUCCGCGAUAUACGAAUAUACGAGGAUUUUCGGCGGCCGGCAGGAGGCAGGAGGAACGAUCGAACGGUCCGGCGAGAGACGAGAUCGUCGAGGGGAUCAAGAGAGAGAUCUGUGAGUUUAACGUCGGACAAUCUCCCGGGUUUCGAUCGUGCGACAUUGAGGUGGGAUUGACAAAUCGAUCGCACGAGGAAGAGGAAGAAGGAAGGAAGGAAGAAUCGUAUCCUGCCCGCCAUAUUUCGUUGCUUUUUGAAACGCCCGCGGAAAAUCGAGGGAGGGCGACAGGUGUCCGUUUCGUCGGUGCCAACUGCAUCACUUUUUAAGGUUGGAAAUUUACUAAGGGAAUACGGAGAAGACCACGAGGAGCACAUUGAUUGUGUCUCAGAGAUCAACUUACGAUUUUAAAAUAAUACAAAUAUACGACAAUCAUUUAUCCGAGGACUGUCAUUAGCAUCUCAUUAUCGCAAAAAGUUGGCUGUAUUGUCUUCGUCUGGAGGAAGGAGCCCCAAUUGAAUGAAGAUUAAUUUAUACCGAUCUUAAAACAACAAAUAUUCGACAAUCAUUUAUCCAAAGACUGUCAUUAGCAUCUCAGAGAAGCUGGUUUGUCUUCAUUCGGAGGAAGGAGCUACAAUUGAGAGAAGACGAAGAUUAAUUUACGCCGAUUAUAAAACAGCAAAUAUUCGACAAUCAUUUAUCCGAAGACUCUCUCUCUCUCUCUCCCUCUCUCUCUCUUUCUGUCUCUUUCUGUCUCGUCAGUAAUUUAUUAUUAUCGCAAAAAGCUGACUGUGUUGUCUUAAUCUGAAAAGACAGGAGCCAUAAUUAAAAAAAGAUCAAUUCACGCCGAUCCUAAAACAACAAACAUUCAACACUUAAUUAUCCGAGGACUGUCAUUAGCAACUCAUUAUUGUCGCCAGAAGAUUGCAUUAUCUUCGUCUGGAGGCGGAAUUGGCAGGCCACAAUUAAAAGAAGAUGAGCAAAACGGUUUAUGCGUAAAGUUCGGCGACGGGCGUGAAUUUGAAAAAUCGACGUCGGGAUAUUCGGUUGCUCGGACUCGACGCGGAGCGGUCGACGUUUGAUCGUCGAAACGUAUCGGAAAGCAGGUUAGCGAUCCCAUCUCGUUAGCGGGUUGCUCGCGCGAUGCUCGCGUCGGCGCGUGACGCCCGUGUCUCGCCGUCCUCGCCGACCGGCGCCGCGUGCGCGAUUCCGUGCUCACCGUGCCGAUUUCCGGCGGAUAGAGCGAGCGAGGAAGUCGAUACGGGGAGAUCAGCGGCCGUUCCGGAAAGGAACCUGGAUUCCUGAAAAGGAUCUCCCUGGGAAGCAAAAAAAAGAGAGUAAGAGGAACGGAGUUACAUGGUAUAUAUAUUUAAGUUUCGGUGGAUGCCAUUCACGCUUACGCGCGGAUUUGGAAGGAUUACAUGCAGCAACGAGGAGAGCGGGAAGUGCGAAUGGACCUCCGCAAAAUCAGAGGUUAACCGGGGAGAAAGAGGAAAAGGUAGAGGAAGAUAUAGAGGACGGGUUGCGAGGCCUUUCGCCGCUCGCGACCUAAGUUUCUCGGUCGUCCGCGAGUCCCACUGAUCUAAUUCGCGGCGCUCUUUUACACCUCGCGGUGCUCCGGUGAAGGUGUCGAUCGUCGGUCAACUACUUCCGUUCAAAAGGAGAAGGUUCCUAAGCGUCCGAAAGAAAAUCAUCCUGGUGCUCGUAAGGAAACGCAGGAGAGACUUAAUAAUUUAACUUGUAUAAUUUACUUAAAUGCUAAAAUAAUAGGAAACCUCGAAAAGUCGACAGCAACGCGAAGGUGUGACCUCCCUGUGGUGUUUUAAUUUUGCGACCGUGAUUUUCGCGAGAUGUUAAUGUGAUCCAAGUGCGUGCGAGGAUAUUUCGCCGAUUCUUCUACGUUUUGCCAGUGAGUUUUCGAUACUUAUUAAUAAUAACCGUACAAUUGUUCCGCGUAUCGACGAACUUCUCGCCAGUGUUUCGAAUCCCGCGGCUGAUUACCGAGUGUGACGAAUCGCAGGGAAGCAGCUGUGAGCGGAGCGAAGAGGAAGGAGGCAGACAAAUCGCGCGGAUAGGAGACGGACGGUGAAAGAAGAUACCAUUUGGAGCGGAAGACAGGACGUUCAUCGAAGAUGAAGACCACACAACGAGCUCUAAGCUUCGACGAGACGUCGAUGGACAGCUGUAUAUUGGCUACUAUCGACGAGGGCCGCCGAGUCAGUGACUUAUCGGGCGAGUCGAUGAAGGACAGUAACGAAGUGGAAGUGACGUCAUUGGAGGAAGCCAAGUCGGUCAUAGCGGCACUCAGAGCGAGACAGCGGGCACAAGCCCACCAAAUGCUCGCUUGGCGAAGGACCCUUAAAUUGCAGGAGGACCUGGUGGCUCGAUUGACGCGGGAAAAAGCUGAGCAGUUGCGGACGUUGUCGUCGCAACUUCUGCUGUUCGAGUCAAGGCUCUGCAGGAAGCAGAAGGAAAUCGAAGCCAGUCUGAGUCAGCGAGAAUCCAUUAUUUUACGACAACAAAGGGUGAUCAGGCAAUUGCAGAACAGAUUGGCGGAGAGGAGCACGAGCACUCGGGACUCGCCACCUUGCGACGCCCUGGACAGAUUAGACAGUCUCGGGGAUAGCGACAGCGCCGUUGUGCUCGAGGAAACCGCGGACGAUCCUGCCCCACCAAGAUUUCGUUCUAACAUUACUGAUGUAACUGUGAUCCGUUCCGUGUCCGAUGCAGUGGAACCGUCGAACAAGUAUUCGUCAAUGCGACGUUGCAACGGUUUUCUCAGAAGACCGGAGAUUCUGGAAACCGUGUAUUCCGUGGAGGAAGACGGUGACAGCGAAAAUAAUCAAGAUCCGUCGGAAUCGACAGAGAAUUCGGAAUACGAAGACAGGAGAAUGAAAAACUUAGGCAACGGAAAGGGCAGGCUUCAGGAUCUGUACGGCAGUUUCGAAAGGUUGGCUCAAGACACAGAUUCUCCACCUAGCGAAAGACCCAGGGACGAAAGCCAACAGGCGCAGGUGACAUACAAUAGGGUAAUGAGCAAUCACAGAUCCGUGACGAAGCCAAAAGACGUGAAGUACAAGAGGAUAAAUAAGGCAAAAUCGAAAAGUCUUGAAGAACUUAGAGGACGUCUUAGAAAUUGGGUCGAGAAAGGAAAUAAAAUAGCUAUAUCGUUGGAUCAGUCAUAUGCUUGAGCUUACUACCCCUAUAUAUGAAAGUAUAUAAAUUAUUAUUUUAUGAACGAAAACGUGUAAUGCCCAAAAUUAUAAUUCUAUUUGUAAGAUUAAGGAAUGGACUUUUAUCUUUAGUAAAGUCGCUACUGUAUUUAAUUGAAAUAUCAUCGCUCCAUGUGAUAUUUACUGUAAUAUUUUGUCAUGUUAAUUAUACACCUAGAUCAAAGAUAAAUGAUUCGAAACUUGUGAUAUGAUUUUAUUAUAUAUAAA